AUUUUGCAAAAUCCCCUAUUGGUGAGCAACAGCGUCCUUGAACUCGACCAUCCACACGACCUCCAGCCCUCCACGUCCUUUUCCUUCUUUUGUCUCCUCGUAUAUCGCACUAGAGCUAUCCCGACUCAUCUGUGCAAUACCGAAGAAAGUAAUCGAAUCCACACGGUCUUACCGCCGUUAAUUUUCAUAUCAGGAGACCUCUUCAACCAUGGGUCAAACGCUAUCUUCACCAGCUACGACAAAAACCUCGGAAACGGGACAGAAUAGUCGUUUUGCGUAUGCUGUGACGGAGAUGCAAGGAUGGAGAAUAACGAUGGAGGAUGCUCAUGCGAUUGUGCUGGAUCUCGAGGAGAAUGCUGGAUCAAAUACUUUCUUUGCUAUAUAUGAUGGACAUGGCGGGAGUGCUGUUGCUCGAUUUGCAGGCCAGAACGUUCACAAACGAUUGCUUAAUGAAGAGUCAUACAAAGCAAAGAACUACGAAGAAUCUUUGAAGAGGGCAUUUUUGGGCACUGAUGAAGAUAUGCUGGGGAACCCCGCGCAUUCUAGAGACCCAUCAGGAUGUACUGCCGUCGCCGCACUGGUUACCGACGAUAAAAUUUACGUCGCUAAUGCCGGUGACUCACGCUCUGUGCUGAGUGUCAAGGGGGAAGUAAAACCUCUAAGUUUCGACCACAAACCGACGAAUGAGGUCGAGAGAACCCGAAUUGCCGGCGCCGGUGGUUAUAUUGAAUAUGGGCGUGUCAAUGGAAACCUCGCACUGUCUCGGGCGCUGGGCGAUUUUGAAUUCAAGAAGAAUUAUAGUCUUUCACCCGAGAAACAAAUAAUAACGGCCGAUCCUGAUGUUACCUGUCACGAAAUAACCGACGAGGAUGAAUUUUUGGUGCUGGCUUGUGAUGGGAUAUGGGACUGUUUGACAUCACAACAGGUCGUCAACUUUAUACGUUACCAGGUGUCGGAAGGCAAGGAGCUCUCAGAGAUCGGCGAGAUGAUGUGUGACCAUUGUCUUGCGCCGGAUACGUCCUCUGGUGCCGGCAUUGGCUGUGAUAACAUGACCGUUCUCAUUGUGGCUAUUCUCCACGGACGGACAAAGGAAGAAUGGUACUCAUGGAUAACAGACCGUGUCAAGAAGAACUAUGGAUACGCGACACCUAACACACUGCCGCAACUGUACGCGCAAAGCCGGCUUAUGUCUUUUCGGGCAAGACGGGAGGCCCAAGAGGCAAGGGAACGGGCGAGACAGGAACUAGACGACCCCCAUGCCAAUGGCUAUCUCACGUCUUCAGCCUUUGGAACCUUUGCACGUGUUUUGGGCAGUACCGGUGGGAUAUCCUAUCACCCGGGAGCAGGCAUCAUCACCGAUGGAGGGUUAAUGUUUGGAGCCGAUGACAGCGAUGAGGAAGAGGAUGACGACGAUGAGAAUUCAUCCACAGGCACGGUUUCAUACUUUGAACCAACAAAAAAUCUCAAGGCUCAGUUGGCUGAGUUUGAGAGGGACAUACAGGCGGAGGACGGUUUGGAUGAUGACGUGGAUGCUCCUACCGCGGACCAUUUUGAAACAUCCGAUGAUAUGGACGGCAUGGAAGAUCCAACGCUGGUCAGCCAUUCUGACAGCUCUAGUUCAUCGCCUUCAAAGCAGGAAACGCCACCUCCGCCAAAUCUGCGGGUGAAUGGUGACGUUCAUCGCGUCGAACAACUGAAGUCGACACCUGGAGGAGAUGAACCUAGUCCGGCUGUAAAGGCGGAGGGUUUGAUGGACACGAGCGAAGAUCCCUUUAAAGUAUAGCGAUGGGUACUUAAUGGCUGGUUGUAUCUGUUAGUUUUCUCUCUUUUUCGUCUUUCUGUGUCGUCUACUGGGUUGCUCUACCUCAUAUAUCUAUUGGUUUUGUACCACUGUCCUCCGAUAUCCUGAUGUAGCACUGC